GGGGUUGUAUGUAAGGGGGUCAGUCACAUGGCUUUUAGUUGCUUUGAGCGGUGUGAUUCAUUAUAGUAAAGGUGCUCCUGCAGUGCAUUUUCUCGAAAACCAAUCUUAAGAGCAGUUUGACUAUUCAAUUGUGACAAGAAUAGUUUUAUUCUUUUGUUAAUUGUUAUCUGAUAUUUAUUUUACUUGUUUAGUAAUGUCUAUUAUGUUUGUUGUGUAGAGUUAAGUUAUGAUUUGAUACUCCAAUUACUCCUGUACGUCCUCUACCAGCAGAAGGCUGUUGGAGGUUCAUGGUAAUGUAAGAUUCUAGUGAUCAUGAAGAUGGUAAGGGAUCUUGCUUGUGAUCCUGGUAUGGAUGUAUAAAUUGCAUCAUGCUCCUGAGUCUUCACAGUUAUUUUAGCAGACGUAGGGUGUUUGCAGUCUCAAGUAUGGUUCGAUAUUUAUAUCAAAAUCUUCGGGAACAUACAAUUUAGAAUGUUCUGGGCUUGUGUGCCUUAUGCUCAAUUAUUUCCUCUGGCUCUUGUAUCUUAUGCACUAUUGCAAUACUCAUCAGCCUUCCUAAUUUUGGACUCAUUUCCCUUCAACUAAACGGCAGGUGAAGCAUGUGGACUGAUAUACAGUGACAAGUCAGGAGCUAGAGUCCAUCACUGCCAGAUUCAAAUUUGAGUCAAUGAUGCGAUCACCAUUUCAUGGUUUUGCUUUCUGGUUUGAUGUGGAGCUUACUGGCCUGGCAGUACUUCUGUUGAAUAAUGGUAUGCCACCCUCAUUUGUUGAGCCUUCAAACAGUUACAGUCAGGAAGGCAAUAUACACAGAAAGAAGCGUCCCAAUCCUAACGAAGCUCUUGUCUUGUCAACUGCACUAGAGGAUCCCCCAACACACUGGCAACAGACAUUGGUUUACUUCUAUGAACCCUUGGACGUGAAGCAAGGCUCUCGGACAUUGUCGCAAAGCAAAGAAAAUGCUCGAUUCAUGAACAUCCAUCUUGAAUAUUCAUCUGGUGGACGUUCGUUUGUCAAAGAGUCAGUGAUGCGUUAAAUCGACAUAUGAAGUCUUUGUCCCUUUAACCAUUAUCAUGGUAGUCCUACACAGUUUCUGAUGAUUCUGGUUGUAUUUUAGGUAGGGAAACUACGGUGAUCAGGGCAUUUCCACUUUGCCUUUUAACUUAAAAGCAUUGAAUGUGACAACUUCAUUGCAUAUGCAUGUAGUGUAUUAUGUGAAAACUUAUAAAAUGUCAUCACGAGAAUAUGGGUCUUUCCCUGAGCUGUAAUUUAUAGAGUAGAUUUAGGGUUGAUCUGGUGCUGUAUUAGAAUUUUUGGCUUAAGUUAAUACUCAUUUGGAUAUGAAAAAGAUAAAAGAUCUAAUUAUUUCUUCA